UCUAAAAUACCUAUCAAUUCCCAAUGGCUUCAUCCAUGACCAUGACCACCUCGUUCUUUGGUGGCGCCGUCGCCGCGAAGCCAGCCAUGGCCACCACCCGUCGCAGCCAGCUGGCGGUGAGUGCCUCCAUGGAAUUGGAGAAGGCAGUGGCAGAGACCAUCAACACGAGGCGGGGCCUCAUGUUGGCAGGGAUGACCGCAGCAGCAGUGUCGUCCAUCUCGAAAGCCGCGAUGGCCGAACAGUUACUCGGCGGGUGGACGCCGGUCAAGGAUCCAAGCGCACCGGAGUAUUUUCAACUGGCGACAUUCGCGGUGUCGGAAGGAAACAAACGGAUUGAAGAGGCCUUGACUCUGGAGUCUGUGUUAAAGGUUGAGACGCAGGUGGUGGCUGGUACGAAUUACAGGCUGAUUCUCACCGCGAGGGAUCAACGUCCCAAAUCCAACAACUACGAGGCCAUUGUUUUCUCCCAGGCCGCGCCGACAUCCCUACAGCUCACUUCCUUCAAGCCGCUUCUUAAAUAGAUUUCCCUCAUAAGGUGCCGGCACAGUCCUAAAAAGCAACAGAAAGCUCAAGUUUAUCAGUUAUUAAGUGUGUGAAAAAACUAUCUAGCUCCAGUGUUUAGCACUUUUCCUAGCCUAUUGUAACAAUAAUUUGGAGAUACUUUUUUCAUCAAUAUAUAAAAGUUAGUCCCUCUUUCCUUUAUAAUUUGUCACCAUUUGACUCCACAAGGGUUUUAAGAAACAUAAUAGAGAGUGGAUUGAAAAAGAUA